AUGUACACGGAUGACUUCCCACAGCGGCGGAACGCCCUGAAAAAGGCGGAACGCCUCAAAAGCAAAGCCGCACGGCGCCAAGAGAAACGCCUGAUGCACCCCUUCUGCUUCUCGUGCGAAGAGGUACGGGCUGCCGGGGAGUUUGGCGCGCCACCCCCCUCCUACGCUUCCUCCACGACAGCGUCUUCCUUGGAGUGGCUGGCGGGGGAGGACCGGGGCCUUCUGCGGGACGUGGGCCAAACUGCCGCCGGAGGCGACACACGGCGAGCUGAACCCGGCGGGGCCGGACGUCCGGAGCUGAGCGCGGAUCCACAAUGCCGCACCGCGCCUCCUACCGGGUGCGAGGUGGCCGGGGCGCCCUCUGCGGAGCCUGGGCGGUGCGGCCACGAGGCAAAAGGGGCCGCCGCGGCAGUAGAAGCGGAGGAGGAAGUGGUCGUGGUUGUGGCAAUGCGGGCGGCUGCGGAGGGGCGAGGUGCGUCCGUUGCGGCGCCGGAAAGCAACGACCGUGGCGACCGACAAAAGCCGUCUGCCCUGUCAACGUCAUCCUUAUCGUCCUUGAUGAUUCUAUCGGAAAAUUUGGAAGCUAAAAGUUCCUCUCGGGGAGGCGGUGACGCGGCGGACAGCUCCAUCGUUUUGGACACCGGGGACGAGUGCGACAGUGACCUGCUGCCCCCUGACGACGAAGUCUUCUCCAUAACGCUUUCCUCCACGGCGACAGACACGCCCCCGCCCUCGCCCCCGACCUCGCCGCAUCAGGGGCAGAAUAACAACGCAUCGCACAGAGCGACGGACGCUGCCGAUGGGCUCCGCACGUCGAAGGCCAGCGUUGCCUCACAGUUGACGCCAGCUGCGGGGACUCCUCGCGUGGAAAACGAGGCCGCCGUGUCCGUCGCAGCGGUCGGGGCUUUCGAGGAGGAGCAGCCGCCCACGCCGCCGCAUGCUGGUGGGAUGGGGGGUGAAGUUGGGAAGACGCCCAGACCGUCGUCAUCGCCGUCGCCGUUGCUGUUCCACGGGGGAAAGCAGUGGCACGAUGGGCGUGUAGUGUCCCCGGCGGCUCCUGCUGCUGUGGCACCGCCGCUGCCCUCGCUGGGGGCGGAGAGGAGCCAAUCCUCGCCGCAACCGCGGUGUUUUGACCGUUACGUGCUUCAGGGGCGGGCGAAGCGGAGGCAGCGGGAGGAGGAGGAGGAGGAGCGUCAGCAGCGGCUCAAGGAGGCGGAGGAAAGGCGGUACACGCCGCAGGUCUCCCUGUACGCAGAGCAGCGCGGCUCACGUUCUUUGGCUGAGUACAUUGCGGCCUCCCGGGCGUGGGAACAGCGGCGGACCGACCACGUGAAGUCCGUUGAGGCGCAAAUUGAGGCUGCCGAAGAAAGAAUGCGGCGGGCCGCGGUGCGGGUGAACGCGACAUCGGAGCGCAUUGUGAGGGAGAUGGAGGAGCGAAGGAAGCGUAUCGGGGUGGUGGAAGGGGCCACGCAGCACGCCGCUUUCCGCCAGUCUUUGCUGAGACGACUACAGAAGAAGUACGCCCCAAGCUUUAAGCCGGUCAUCACGGCCGUGGCGGGGCGACGAAAGGCGGCUGAAGGCCAAACACGCCAGGAAGGCGGGAGACAUUCAGGUCUGGGGGAUUUCUAUGACCGUUUUAGUCGCUACCGCGACGCAAGCGAUAAGAAGCGGGAGCGGCUUCUGCAAAGCGCGACGGCGCAGCAGGCAGCACCUCCGACGCAGCGGCGUACAAUGGCGCAUAUCAAGGAAUAUGCGCGCUCCAUGUGGGAGCAAGACGAAAGGAGGCGGGACAAAUUGAGGCGGCAGGUGGAGAGGGAGCGGCAGGAGGAGGAGGAGCAAAUACGGGCCAUGCGGCCGCAAGUCAAUCGGCGCUCCGCAGAGCUUGCGGAGCGUUUCCGCGAGCGCCAACGCACCGCCGCCACAGCGGCGUCAACGUCAACCUCCGUGCCGCCCAUGGCAGGCCUCCGUAGGGGCGGCACGCGCCAGCAACCGCGGAGGGCAACAAGCGGCAAAAGAGGAAGUCCGCCACCCAAGCGACCGCCGCCUCCGACAAACCGCAAGUUGGCGUUCUCCACCUCAAACUCCUGCAGUGGCCCUCAGAAGCCGGGGGCAAGUGGCCCCAAAGAGACCGUGACGCCCGCCAUCUCACCGGACUUUGAGGAACGUAACGCGCAACUUCUACGCAUGCGGAAACAGCGUGCAGAGUCGCUGCGCCACGAGGCGGAAAAGGAAAUCGCUGAAACGUGCACCUUUAAGCCACAGGUAGACCCGGUCUCGCGGCGCAUGGUGGAGGCGCAUUAUCGGCAUCACCUGCGACCCCACGCUUUUCACCACGAGCCGCCGAGUUGCUUCGGGGAGCACAAAUGUCCCUCCUCCUCUGCCGCCGCGCGGACCGGCGCCAGAAACGGCGUUGACGGGGACGUUGCGUGGGCCUCUGGCGUACGCGUGGCAAAGGACGUGGACGACCGCGUCGAGAGCAUUUCUUGCCACCCCGACGAUGAGGACGGCGAUGGGGGGACAAACGACGACGGUGAAGACGACUUGGCGGCGCAGAUUGAAAGCCUCGAGUCGAUGCUGACGCAAUGGAAGCAGCUGGAGGCUGAGUAUCGUGUAUAG